AUGGAGUUAAUUGAUGCAGGAUGCUUUAUUUCUCAAAUGAAUGAACUUCUAUUAAUUGAUCCUCUUUAUAUAAACUAUGUUAUUACAAAUUAUUUUAAUAAUUAUAUAAAUGAUAAGAAUGUAUUGUUACCUGAGGAAGGUUUAAAUGGUGUUUACUUUGAGAACGCCAAAGCUGGCUUAUGGUCAUCAUUUGCUAUAAGAGAGAAAACUUCUUUCUCAUCUUAUAAUAUGACAGAAGAAAGUUAUGGUCAUAAUUCUACUUAUAAUAUGUAUUCAAAUAAGGGUUAUAAUAAUGAUAUGGUUCAUUCUUUUAUUUGUUUCAAUAAUUCAGAAUUAAUGCAUCAGUAUUUGACCAUUGAUAAAAUUAAUGAACUAGAGUGGAAAACAUAUGAAGCGAAAAAUAGUAUUAUAGGUAUAAAUAAUGAAGAAAAUAAAAGUGAUCAUGUAAAUGAUAAUAAUAAUAAUAAUAAUAAUAAAUAUAAUAAUAAAUAUAAUAAUAAUAAUAGUGUCUCAAAAUAUUUCACAAACAUACUAACAAUUGAAGGAGGACAAGUUGGAUUAUUUUGUGUUGAAUCAAUUAAAAAAUGUUCUAAUAUUCUUCUUCAGAAAAAUGCAAAACCUGAUAUUAAUACUAAAGAAGAACUAGAUUUAUUAUUUAAUCAAAAUAUGAAUAAUUUAUAUCCAUGGUAUAAUAAAAUAUGUAAUAUGACAUUAUCAUCAUCUAUUACUAUUAUUGAUUUUAUUGAUAUGCCCAUUGGAAGUGUUUGUGUAUCUUCAUCAGAUUGUGUUUUUAAUUAUUUAUGUGAAGUAGUAACUGAUGAUAUUACAGGUGAAAUCUGGGCAAUAAGAGUUAAUUUCUUGAACCCCCUCAAAUGA